AUGAUCCUGACCACAAAUAAGUUUAUCGGGCCUAUAACGCUGUAUGAAAAUGAGUUACAUAGCGCCGAAUUGAAAUUAUGGCCCUUUUCCCAUGUUAAAGGGACUGCUGAGCUCUUUCAGCCUAUUCGCCCUACUGGCAGAACACCCAAGAAGUUUAACAAAGCUGGGCUUAUCCCGUUCAAGCUCAAAGCGGCCGAAAGAAGGUACCAAAUGUUACUGCAAGCGACAAGCUGCUUUGCGUCCUUGUCACGAAGCUGGACUGUGAAGAGACAAAGAGGUGACAGGAAGUUCUCUAGAUGA